AUGGCCUCUGCAGCACCGACUGCUAGGCGGACCAGCUCAUACCGGCAUGGAGCAAUAAAACCAGAGGACUGGCCCGAGGAGGUCAAUAAUGCGCACUCGCAGGGCGCGGAAGGAAUGCAAUUUAGCGGCGAUGGACUAAGCACCGGAGUCCGAGUCUUGAGUGCGUGCUUAGUGGGUGAAUCAGGAAAUGACACUAACAGUCUUUCUCGUAUAGGCGACGGACGGCUUGACAUCAAUAUCAAUGAGCGGAAGCCGAGCAUUGCAGGCUUGUUGAACCGCAUCCAGAAUACACCAUUGCAAUCAGACCUGGAGGACGUCGAGACUAAGGAGGCCCAAGAAGGAAUGCCGGGAAAUGUAGGGAAGGACUUCCCAUUGAAAAUGAACCUUGUCAUACAGGUAAUUGGGUCGCGGGGCGACAUCCAGCCUUUCAUCGCAUUGGGCAAAGAACUCAAGGCACAUGGACACCGGGUACGGUUGGCAACCCAUUUGGCUUUUCGGGAUGUUGUGCUGGAGGCUGGCUUGGAAUUCUUCAGCAUUGGAGGAGACCCCGCAGAACUGAUGGCCUUCAUGGUGAAAAAUCCUUCCCUCAUGCCGGCCUUUAGUACGAUUCGAAGUGGGGCGAUUCAGAAACGACGAAGAGAAAUGAAAGAGAUAAUACACGGGUGUUGGAGAUCGUGCAUUGAGACUGGUGAUGGUACUGAUCUCCAUCAAAUCAAAGAAGACCUUUGGAAUGACGGUGUGGAUUACCGACGGCGCCCUUUCAUUGCUGACGCUAUCAUUGCCAAUCCUCCAAGUUUGGCUCACAUUCAUUGUGCCCAACGGCUAGGGAUCCCACUACAUAUGAUGUUUACUAUGCCCUGGUCGCCCACCCAAUCAUUUCCACAUCCUUUGGCUGUCCUUCACCAACAAGACUGCAAGCCAACGGUUGCUAAUUUUGUUUCCUACGCUGUCGUGGACAUGAUGAUCUGGGAGGGCUUAGGAGAUCUCGUCAAUUCAUGGCGAAAAAAAGUACUGGCGCUAGAUCCAUUAGAUUCAAUUACAGCGCCGAGUCUGAUCCAUCGCCUUCAAGUUCCGUACUCCUAUCUAUGGUCACCCGCAUUGCUCCCAAAGCCACGCGAUUGGAGCGAUGACAUUGAUAUAUGCGGAUUCAGCGUUCUUCCAUCCAAAUCCGACUACAAACCCCCAAAGGAGAUCGACGAAUUUUUGAAAGCUGGGUCAACUCCAAUUUAUGUUGGAUUCGGAUCAAUCGUUGUAGAUGACCCGAUAAGGCUGACAAGGAUUGUGUUUGAAGCGCUCGAGAAUGCUGGACAGCGAGCAAUCGUCUCGAAGGGAUGGGGAAAUCUCGGAGUUGACAAUGUGGAAGUUCCUGAUAAUGUUCUCAUUGUUGGAAGUAUCCCGCACGAUUGGCUAUUUCGCCAUGUCUCGUGCGUCAUUCAUCAUGGCGGUGCUGGUACAACCGCCGCGGGACUUUCUCUUGGCCGUCCGACAAUCAUUGUCCCUUUCUUUGGGGACCAACAAUUCUGGGGAGGAAUAGUUGCCGCCGCUGGAGCAGGCCCAGGCCCAAUCCCCUACAAACAACUAACAGUCGAGAAAUUGAGUAGUGCAAUUACGAUUGCACUGGAAUCCACAACCAAAGAGAAGGCUCAAGCGAUUGCCGAAAAGAUGCAGAAAGAGUCCGGCGUGCGGGAUGGUGUACGCAGUUUUCAUCGCCACCUCGACCUGAAAUCAAUCCGAUGCGCCAUAUGCCCAUCUCGUCCUGCUGUCUGGCACCUUAAGCACACUGAGAUUGGCUUGAGCGCUUUCGCUGCCACUGUACUGGUUGAAAUGGAAAGAAUCAAGCCCCGCGAUCUCGUGCUGAAUCGGGCGUCGGAAUAUGAUACCUGGCGGGACCCCGCAGGUCCGCUUAGUGCAGGAGCACAAGUCCUUGUCGGCGCCAUCGCAAACUUUAUCACCGGAAUCGGUGAGCUACCUUAUGAAAUGGCGACGGAUCUUAUCUCCGCUGGUCGAGCCAUCGGAAACCCAGGAGAUCACUAUGACCCCGUGGAAGCUGCUAGUGCAUGGAAACGUGAGCGAAGAAGCCAAGAGUCAAGUGAACAAAGCGAGGAAGAGGAAUAUCAUGAUUCGAACGAGUAUCACCAAUCCGACGAACCAAACGAUGACGACGAAGCGAACCUCGAAGAUACCGAUGACGAGAGCGAAGUACUAUCAGCAACAAGCCCUGAAAGGAGACGCAGCCUGCAACUGGAGAAGUCUCGGACUAUGGACUGUAUAGGAUCUCCGAAACACAACACAGCUUUCACUGAAAUGCGCAGCCAUGGCAGUCGGAUGUCAAAGAAACUAUUGAAAACCAUAAUUUGGCUUCCAACAGAUCUGACUCUCAGUUUAUCGAAGGGAUUUCACAAUGCGCCCAAGCUGUAUCAUGAUCGCAUGGUCAAAUCUACCCCCAAGGUCAUUGGCUUCCGAAGUGGGGUCAGAGCUGCUGGCAAGGAGCUGCGAGAUGGCUUCUACUAUGGAAUCACAGGAGUGAUCACUCAGCCAAGAUACGGAUUGAAACAUCAAGGUGCGAAAGGAAUGGCCAAGGGAAUUGGUAAAGGUCUAGGCGGCGUCUUCUUCAAGCCACCCGCAGGUCUCUGGGGACUGGCCGGUUAUCCUCUGGUCGGACUGCGCAGAAGAUUACAAAUAUCCUUGGGCAAAAAGCAGGAGGGUGCUGUCGUGGCAUCUCGAAUAGCCCAGGGUCUUGAAGAAAUGCAUCCAUCUUCCGCUGAAGAGCGGGCAGAAGUUGCACAGAAAUGGCGGAUUCUAGAAGAGGAAAUCCGUGUUUCAUAUUGA